UUCCAAGAUGGCGGCGGGGCCGGUACCGGCGCUGUGAGCGCGCUGUAACCGCCGCUCCUCCUCCAUCCCCGGCCCCCUCCGCAGCCGCCGGGAUGCUGAGAUCCACCGGUUACUUCCGCGGCAUCGACUGCCCGUUCCUCACCUCCGGGGGGCCGGGCGGGGGCCCACCCUGCCGCCGGCCCUACUGCCACUUCCGGCACCCCCCGGUGGCGGCGGCGCGGUGCGGAGCCUCCGGUGGCCCCGUCCCGGGGCUCGCAGUCGGUCACGGCGCAGAGCGAGGCUAUGAUCCCUACAACCCUGAGCUGCCCAGGCCCUCGCUGGAGGUGGAGGAUGGUGCUCUGGCUGACAUGACAGAUGUGACACCCAGUAUUCUGGAGCUGGAGCUGGUCAACAAAGCCAUUGAGGCAGUCAAAAACGAAGUGGAGAGAGAGCAGAAGAAGUAUGAAGAGCUGCUAGAAACGACAAAGGAGUUGAGUGCUUCAGAGGCCUCCUCACUCAUUUCAAAUACACCUGUGUCAGCUGGUGGGACACAGAAUGAUUCAUUUACCUCCUUAGAGUAUAAUCCAGGUAGCUACAACUUUAAUAAUAACUCGGACUACAACCCUACACCUCUGGCUGCUGCUAGCCAGUCAAGUAAAUACACUUUGCAUGCUUCCCGAUCUAAAGGGAGCUCACUGGAAUAUGUUCCCAAGGCUGUAAUGCAGAAUAAGAAAUACAGUAGCACUGUCACUAACAGUAAAUAUGUGAUUGAUGACUCGAAGCCUUCUACAGACUUGGAAUAUGACCCACUUUCAAAUUACUCAGCGAGGCUUUUGAGCAAAGCUACGACAAAGGAGCCAAAAGGGUCCAAAAGGGGUAGAGUGCCCAGUUAUGAGGAGUCUUACUCUCCUUCACAAAAGAGGUUCUGUGAAGAACUUGAUGAUGAUGAGGUGUGUGCCAGGUUCUCUUCCUCUGAGGAUGAGGCUGAUGUGGAAUAUAAGGCAACUUCUGUGAGUUCCCAGUCAAAAGCUGGUUCCGAAAGCGAGUCAAGUGAUGGGUUAUCCCACAAAGAGCAGAGCACCAAGGUGGGUGAUUUCGCUUCCCAGGAUAGCAAAGGAACAGCAGUGCAGUAUGGCACGGAGGACCAUCCAAGUUCACAGAAAAACCUUGCUAAAAACUCAUCAGACAAGAGUGCAAAAGCAGGGAAAUUGUGUGCUGGUAAGAACGGGCAGGAGAUUGAGCAUAAAAACAAAGACUCAAAAGACAAAACAAAAAGGAAGAAAUCAGAUGUUAGUAAAGCACUUGGGGUAAAUGAGAUUGGUAAGAAGGAGAAAAGUAAAAGUACAGAAAAAGACAAAGUGCUCAAAAAAGAAGAAAAAUUAAAACCCAAGAAUGAGGAGAAAAACUGCAAAGAGAAAAGUGUCAAAGGGAAAACUGAUGGGAGUUUAAAGAAACCUGAAAAACACAAGUUGGAGAAAACAGAUGGGCUUAAGAAAGACAAAUCCAAGUUGGGCAGCAGUAGUUCAGGGAAAAGCAAGAGUGAAGGUGUCAGCAAAGGCUCUAGCACAGAGAAGCUGGGGAGCAGCAAGAAAGACUCCAAGCUGAAAACAGCUGAUAUGAAAAAUGGCAAAGAAACCUCUGGUCAUAAAAACAAAGAGAAAGGGACCAAGGCUCCAGCACUGGAGCGAAAGAAGGAAAAGGUCAGUUCUGCAGAAAAAGGAGAUCCAAAGAAGGGUCAGAAGCAGCAGAGUCUGAGUCACGUUGAUCUGUUCGGUGAUGAGAGUGGAGAUGAUGAUGACAAAGGCUGGCCUUUGCCAUCCAAGUUACUUGACGUGAGCUCGGACUCGGAUGGUGGUGACUGUGGUUCAGACUCUGAGAGUGAAAACGAAGGGACAAAGAAAGUGAAACACUCUAAGCUGUCAAAGUCAUCAUCAUCUUCCUCAACAUCUGAUGACAUUGAUUAUUCCAUCCUUGAGAAAGACGUGGACUUUGAGUCGGAUCCGAUGGAAGAGUGUCUCAGGAUUUUUAAUGAAUCUACAGAUGUGAAAACUGAAGAUAAGGGAAGGCUGGGGAAACAGCCAUCCAAAGAGGAAGGAAAUGAAGAAAAGACAGAAGACAGUUUAACUACCUUGUUUCCUGGCCAGAAAAGGAGGAUCUCUCAUCUUGUCAAACAAGGAAAUGCUGAGGUCCCGAGCAAGCCUGUAAUCCGGCCGUACCGUCCCCCCACGGCUCAGGAGGUGUGUUACCAGAGGAUCCAGCUGGCUCAGCAGCAGGCAGCACAGCUGGCUGUGGCCGUGCAAAAGGGCUCUCUUUCCUUGCCAGGAGAAAAGAGGAGGAUUGCUCAUGUGCCAAAUGUAGCCCUCCCCGCAGCAGCCAAACAAAGCCUCGUGAGUAGUAAGACGUCUGCUGCUGGCAGGAGUGUCACACCUUCCAAUGACUCUGAAGCACCCACCCUUUCUCUGAAGGCUUGCACCUUAGCUGGGAUGGCUUCAAAGACCACCAGCACCAUCAUGCCGAAAAGGAUAGCGCAUGUUCCCUCCUUACAGAGCACCAGCUUACAGAGGCCUGUUAUUCCCACAGAAUUUGGUGCUAAAGUCCCAACAAACAUUCGUCAAAGAUAUCUGAAUCUCUUCAUUGAUGAGUGCCUGAAAUUCUGCUCGUCCUCCCAGGAAGCAUUUGACAAGGCCCUGUCAGAAGAGAAGGUGGCUUAUGAACGUAGCACCAGCCGCAACAUCUACCUGAACGUGGCAGUGAACACCUUAAAGAAGCUCCGAAGCCUGGUGCCCAAUUCCCCCACCAGUACGAACAAGACAAGUAACAAGAAAGUGGUGUCCCAUGAAGCUGUGCUGGGAGGGAAGCUUGCUGCUAAGACAAGUUUUACUCUAAACCGGUCAGGGAGCUUGAGAGCAGAGGAUUUAACAGGGGCUGCCUUGUACCGGCGACUGAAGGAAUAUCUCAUGAGUGAAGAACAGCUAAAGGAAAAUGGUUACCCAAUGCCUCACCCAGAGAAGCCCGGCCGUGCUGUCCUGUUCACUGCAGAGGAGAAGAAAACAACUGACUCCUCCUGCAGGAUUUGUUGUCGCUGUGGCACCGAGUACAUGGUCUCAGCCUCUGGAACCUGCAUUCGCAAAGAGGAGUGUGUCCAUCACUGGGGAAGGCUACGCAAGCAGAGAGUGCCAGGCGGAUGGGAAACUCAUUACAGCUGCUGCUCAGGAGCUGUGGGUUCACCGGGCUGCCAGGUUGCUAAACAACACGUCCAUGAUGGGAGGAAGGAGAGCCUUGAUGGCUUUGUGAAGACUUUUGAGAAGCUGCCUACAACUGAUGGCUACCCUGGAAUCUACGCAUUAGACUGUGAAAUGUGCUACACUAAGCAAGGACUGGAGCUGACAAGAGUAACAGUGAUCAACUCUGACCUGAAAGUGGUGUAUGACACCUUUGUCAAACCAGACACCAAGGUGGUGGACUACAACACCAGAUUCUCAGGUGUGACAGAGGAGGACCUGGAGAACACUAGCAUCACCCUGCGGGAUGUCCAAGCCGUCCUACUGAACAUGUUCAGUGCAGAUACCAUUCUGAUAGGGCACAGCUUGGAAAGUGACUUAUUUGCACUAAAGCUUAUCCAUGGCACAGUGGUGGAUACGGCCAUCGUCUUUCCCCACCGCCUGGGUUUGCCUUACAAACGGGCUCUCCGGACACUGAUGGCAGACUACCUCAAGCGCAUCAUCCAGGACAAUGUGGAAGGGCAUGACUCCAGUGAAGAUGCCAGAGCCUGCAUGGAGCUGAUGGUCUGGAAGAUCAAAGAAGAUGCUAAAGUGAAACGAUGACUUGCGCUUUCUCUCUCCUGUUCCUCCUCCACCUCUUUGAAGCAGUGCAAUAAAUACUCAGAGUAACACUGUCCACCUGUACGCAGCAGCAUGCUACCCCAGGCUCCCCGUGCACUCCCAGGUAUCUAUGGGACUUCAGGACUCCUGCUGGCACUGCUGAAUGGCACCAGCUCACUGCCUGCAGGUCCCUCUGACCAGAUAAUGGCUGUCAGAUCCUCUUUACUCCACCUGAGGGAUACUCUGUGGUACAAUUGCCUUGUAGGCAAGGCGAGGUGGUUUUGAGUAGCACAGCCAGAGAAAGAACUUCUUGGUUCCUAAAAGAAGCUUUUAGAGGUAGGUCAGAUAUGUGCAGAAGGAUCUUUUUGGUUCAGUUAAAGGUAGAUCUUUUUCCUUUUCUUUCAAAUGUAAUGUAUAUUGCCUCUGUGCUCUAAAGUUGGUGGAUUCCCAGUGCUUGGAGAUGGGAGAGAUAGAAGAAGGUUGGGCAGGAAGCUGUAAAGUGCAUGGAUUGCCUAGUUUGUGUGUGAAUGGCAAGCAAAAGGGUGGUGAGAGCUGAGGGUCAAGCCAUGUGGGAGGAGAUCCUAGUGCAAUCCCACUGUGGAGGAGAAAGCCAGAGCCACAAGAGGCAGAGGUUGUCUCUGAGAGCAUGCAAUGGGAGCAGCAGGUCAGAAAGGAAUGAGAUGGGUCAAGGGGAAUUACUGCCUGCUGCAACCAGGUGAUGUCUUCAGUGAGGGCUGGUGUCCUGGGCACAAGGGGCAAACCACGAGUGUCAGCCCUUGCCCAGAGCUCAGGGAGCUGUGUGUGGUAGUGAGGCAAGGGACAGAGGGCCUUGGACAAACUGGGCUCCCAGAGCCAGGCAGCAACUUGCAGCCUUCCAGGAGAGGAGAGGGGGAAGAGCAGGCGUUUGCAGGUUGGGAUCAUAGAAUCAGCUAGGUUGGAAAAGGCCUUUAAGUCUAACCUAAGCUUCCAGCAUGUCUCCAGUGAGCUGUAGGGAUCAAGGUGUUUGGGAGCACCUAGGUGUAAGAUUGCACCUAAGGGUGGCCCUUUGCAGUCUGCAGGACUUCCCAUCAGUCUGCCCCUGAGAGCAGGGACUUGGUGCAGGCAAGAGCAAAAGCAAUAGUAAAAAUGACUCUUUUAAACCAAUUUCUACAUUGGUUGUUUUGAGAAGAGCAAAAGACCCAGAUACUGUCUGACCCCUUGGACAACAGCAACUGUCCAGAGUGUGCCCCCAUUGUGCUUGUGGCGACUGGGGCAGGAGCACACUGGUGGCUGUGGUUGGGGCAACAGCAGAGCAGCUUGAAGUGGUCUCUGGUAGAUGUGGGUUUGUAGCUGAGGUCCAGGCAGCAGCUUAGCCCCUUUCUUAGCACAGCCACUGCCUCAGCUGGAACUGUGACCGCUUCCCAGUGGUGGCUGUUGAUGGCCCUGGCACGGGUGAGCUGCGUGGCCCCAGUGGCAUCGUGGCACAGGAGCUGCUGGGCUUUGGUUCCUGUUGGAGCUGGGGCUGGCAGGGCUGGGUUGGAGGCUGGGGAUGUGCUGUGUGUCCCCCAGCACAUCCUGUGACCGGUCCCAUCUCUGUGCCCAGUGUGGUGGGGGCUGCUGGUGUGGCUCUCCCCAUCCCACUGCUGUCCUCAGAGGUGAGGAUGUGGCUUCCAGGGCCUGACCUCUACCAGGCUCUCCUGAAGCCACCAGCAGCAAUGGGGACUGUACAGUCCUGUUACUGCUGAGCCCUCCUGAGCUGCUUCUGCCGCUCCCAGCCUGUUUGUUAUCCCAACCCUCAGGCUGUGCAGCUCCCUGCCAGUGCCCCAGUGCUCCAUAGGGCACAUCACAUAGAAUGUGAUCACAUCCAGCUCUCCUUUGCCAAGCUGCCUCCUUCCCUGCUGUGGGGCUUCCAUGUGAAGCAGCCUUGGGACACCUUGUCUGGUCCCCCUCUCCCAUUGCCUGCAGGGAACAAUCUGUUCCUGCCCAGGCUGCAGGAGAGUUGGGAAGUUCAGGGCUUCCUAGCCAGGCAGGGAAGAGGCUUCUGCCUCUUUUCCUUCUUCAUCCCCCUGUUUAUCUUCCCCCCUGGCUGCAGUGUACCUGGGGCAGCCUCCAUCUACCCUGCAGCCACGUUAGAGCUCAGAGCUGGCACUUGCCUCCAGGUUCUCCCAUUACUCUCCAGGCAGUCCCAGCGGACCUCACUCAUUCCCUUCCCUUUAUCCCACGGUUCACUUGGGACCCCCUAAAAUGAGGCUUCUGCUUCCACCUGCGCUGUCGCUGUGGGUCUGAGCAAGUGCUGGACCCCUGUAACACUGUAAACCCAGGAGCUGGUGGUUGGUGAGAGGGGUUUGGGUUGUACAGAACUGUUGUAACCUGUAACUUUUUGUAAUUGUUUUUAAUAAAAGGGUGUUGACUAAAUGCA